UUGCGGAAAACACUCCAAAAGCUACCAUCCACCCUGGACAAGACUUACGAACGGAUCCUGACGAGCAUCAGCGAGGAAUACGCUGAUUACGCUAUCCGCAUUCUUCAGUGGCUAGCUUUCUCAGAACGCCCCCUAUCAUUAGAAGAACUCGCAGAAGUGAUUGCAAUUGAUGUGUCACGCGAUCCAGAAUUUGAUAGAGACGAAGUACUGGAGGACCCCCUGGACGUACUAAGAAUUUGCUCUAGUUUGGUUUCCAUUACCCAUGAAUCGUAUUUUCUCAAUAGCUCGUUCGCGUUAUUCGAGAAGCCAUCAGAAGAGAUUGUUGUGCUUGCCCACUAUUCUGUCAAAGAGUACCUCAUCUCAGACAGGAUAAAGCGAGGUCAGGCAGCGCGUUAUAGCUUACACGCUGCAUUGUGUCAUGGUGCUAUAGCUGCGGCGUGUCUUGGUUACCUCAACCAGUUCCAGGAGCCUGAACUCAUAACAGAUCGAGCAUUGCAGGAGUUCAAGUUAGCAAGAUACUCCGCGAAGUUCUGGAGUAGACAUGUUCGAAAGGCAGAUGAUCAAGAGGUAGAAGUCAACAACCUUGCUUGCCGACUGUUAUCUACAGAAAACCCUGCCUACUUCAUUUGGAUGCGAAUAAACCAUCCGGAUAGGGAAUUCAGGUGGAACCACUACCCAGGAUCGACAACGAACAUCCUUCCACUAUAUUGUGCAUCGAUGCUUGGUCUCGAAAAGGUCGUGAGCCUCUUCCUUUCCGGGAAUGCAGACCCUAACGCACGAGGAGGAGAAUGUGAUAACGCACUGCAAGCAGCUUCGACCAAGGGCCAUGAUCGUAUUGUCAAAAUCCUACUCAGUGCUGGUGCCAAAGUCAACGCAAAGGGUGGUAAAUACGGUUAUGCACUUCUUGCUGCGCUGAAAUGUGGGCACGAGCACACCACUAAGGUAUUGAUCGAAGCAGGAGCAACUUACUCGCACAGCAAGGGCCAGAGCAUUGGAAACCUGUGCAUCCGAAACCUGGACGCUAAUGUUGAAAUGCUACGGUUCCUCCACAAGAGCGGUAUCGAUUUGAGAAAGAAGGAUAGGGGGGCAGGACGUUACUGCACGCUGCAGCUAUAG